AUAGCUUGUUUUGUUUAUCAAGUUUUGUUUGCGUUUGAAAUAUAAAUAUAGUUUCAGCAUUUCUAUCAUUUCUGUGUCAUAAUUGAAUUCAUUAGGAUAAAUCGAGAUUUACUGGGGGAGUAAAUGGCUCCUGUUAGAAACAACCUUGACCGAUGUAGCUUUUGCUCUGAUCUGUGCAAUAAGAAAUUUCAUCACGCGCUGAUCCCCACUCAUCAUGAAGAGCAGAAGCUAAAAAUUAUCUUGGAAAAGUUGAGCAGUUUCUCUGCCCAAUUGAGCAGUUAUCCUACGUGCGACAAAUGCCGCCAAGAGUUUAUAACCGUCCACAAAAUUCCCGAGAGCUGCUUCCAAAUUUUGCUUAGCGCCGAACCGACUAACAUCAAGAUCGAGCCAGAGUUAAUGAUUGAUGACCACGAGCUGUUGGAUAACGAUAACAGUUUAGAGACAGACUCAAUAGCUGACAUUCAGCCAAUUAAACAGAAAGCUGAAAUGCAAAUCAAAAGAGAAGAUCAGGUUCCGGUUGCUAGAAGAAAUCCACGAAGAAAAUGUGCUUUGGAUACCUCGCAGAAAGAAGUUCACUCAACUUCAGAUCGUCAAAACAAAUACUCAGCGGAUGAAUUGGUGAUGGAAGACAACAUACGCUUACGCACAGGAAAGAAACGGAUCAAAUGUGAAAAGUGUGAAAAAAAAUUCACCACUAGAUACGAUUUAAAAGUGCACAUUCGAGUUCAUACGGGUGAACGUCCUUAUUCUUGUCCACAUUGUCCGAAGGCGUUUAAACAAACUGGAUCGCUCAGAAAUCACAUUCGAACUCAUACGGACGAACGUCCCUUUUCGUGUCCAGAUUGUCUGAAAACGUUUAAGCACUCUUCAGCACUCCGGGACCACGGUGUAAUUCAUACAGGUGAACGUCCCCAUCCUUGUUCACAGUGUUCGAAAGCAUUUAAGCAAAAGUCAGCGCUCAUAGCCCAUCUCCAGCUUCAUACAGGUGAGCGUCCCUAUAUUUGUCCCCAAUGCCCAAAAGCGUAUAAUAAUCGUAAAACGCUCAAAGAACACAUUCGAACUCAUACCGGUGAACGUCCAUAUCCUUGUCCACAUUGUUCAAAAGCGUUUACGCAACCUACAACACUCAAACAUCACAUUCGAAUUCAUACGGACGAACGUCCCUUUUUGUGUCCACAUUGUCCGAAAACUUUUAGGACUCCCAAUACACUCAAUCCACAUAUUCAAACUCAUACGGGUGAACGACCCUUUUCUUGUCCACAUUGUCCGAAAAAGUUUGGCAAUAAAAAUACACUCCGGCCGCACAUUAGAAUCCAUACGGGUGAACGUCCCUAUUCUUGUCCACAGUGUCCGAAGAAGUUUACACAAGGACCAGCGCUUAAAGUGCACAUUCGAGUCCAUACGGGAGAACGUCCAUAUUCCUGUCCACAUUGUUCCAAAGCGUUUAAGAUCUCUUCAGCGCUGAAAAAACACAGUCGGACACAUGCCAGGGAGAAGCCAAAAGAUAGCGAGUAAUGAAAGCGAGCUUUCAAUCAGUUUUGCAACCUUCCCAUGCACCUCCGUCGUCAGCACAGCAGAUCAAGUAGUAUCGCAGUCGCGAUAUUGUUGGGCGCAGGAAUCACGUAUAACCGCUAAGGAAGAGAUAACUGGUUGCUGAAUCUCUUUGUCACUGAAAGUUACUGACAAAUAAUCAUUGAGACGAAGAUUUUCAAGAAUUUUUGAUUAAUAUUUUUCAAGUAAUAGUUUUUUCAUUAAUAUUUUUUUAUUCUUCUUCUGCAUAGAACUGUGGAAAAAGCAUUGGAAGGCUGUAUCUACACGUGGAACAAAAAUACGUUUUCUAUAAUCGCGAUGUCGGACAGCCUGAGCUUAUGGUGCCAGCCCACUUUCUUUUAUUGUAACUUGUAGAAUCGGUUUUUAUAAACCUGUAAAUAUAAACAACCGAAAGCUAGUAACCUCGAAA